CCAUGAUUGUCAAACAAGGCAACGAACCUGAUAAACUUAUCACAUGAUCGAUCAAAUUUGAUGAAAAAACAAAAUAAUAAAAAAAUAUAUACAAUUUAAAAUUAAAAAAAAAAAUAGAUUUCGUGCUUAACAAAAUUUAACACGAAUCAUGAAUCUACUUACAGUGUCCGAUAAAAGGGAAGCUAAUAGCGUAGAGAUAGCAAAGGACAGGAUCCUAGAUUUAUGACCUUACAAAGUAAAGAACAAUCAUCUACUAAGCUCCAUGUGAUGUUGCGGGUACCAUCUAAAAUGUGCACCAGUUCUUGACGAAACCCCACUUGUUCUCUCUAUCUCCUUCCUGCCUCAACAAAGUAAAGAAAUUGGCUAAUACCCAAAUACCCAGGUCGAAUUCUUGGUCAAAAGCAUCAAGAAACGAAUCAAACUAAAAAAAAAGAAAAAGGAUGGCGAGUGGGAGCCUGGAGUCCCUGGAUCGGUUGCCUACGGCCCUUCUGGCUACUAUAAUGACGAAGCUUGAUGUCUCUUCCAUCUGCUCAUUGGCUGUCACAUGCAGGACUUUCAGUUCCUGUGCUUCUCAUAUCCUCUCUUUUCUUCCCCAUUUCCACAUCCUUGACAUUUCGCCGACUAUGGAAUUGAUCAAGCCACUGUUGCCACCAAACCCUCACCUUAAAAGCUUAAAGCUUAAUUGUGGUCAGCUUAGUGAUUCAUCUAUUGAGCUAUUACUUCGACCUUCUUUACAGGAACUUUGCUUACACAAUUGUGCAGAUUUUAGUGGAAAACUACUUUCUGAAAUCGGAUCACGAUGCAAGGACUUAAGGUCUCUCUACUUGGGUUCAGUGGCUGAGAAAAGGGGUCGGGCAAUACAUAUUUCUGACCUGGAGGAAUUACUCGGUGGUUGCACCCAAUUAGAAGCACUGAAUCUGAUGUUUGACAUAUCGCUAUUUCUUCGUCAUAACUUUGCUCGGGUUUGGACUUUAGCUUCAGAAAAGCUCACCUCUCUUGAGAUUGGCUACAUUUCGUCAGUUAUGGUGACCGAACUGCUUAGCCCUAAUGUUGGACCCCAUCAGUGUCCAAAUCAAAUUCGACCCUCUGUAUUGCCUGGCAUCCAGAAGUUAUCUCUUUCUGUUGAUUAUAUUACAGAUACAAUGGUUGGUACAAUAUCAAAAGGUCUCAUCUUAUUGACACACUUGGAACUUCGAGAUGCACCUCUUAUAGAACCACGAGUUACAUUUGAUCUUACCAACUCUGGCCUUCAACAGAUCAAUCAGCAUGGGAGAUUGAAACAUCUUUCUCUUGUCAGGAGCCAGGAGUUCCUUAUUACUUACUUUAAGCGAGUAAAUGAUCUUGGUAUACUACUGAUGGCUGACAAGUGUGCAAACAUGGAAAGCAUUUGCCUUGGUGGCUUUUGUCGUGUUACAGAUUCAGGUUUUAAGACAAUUCUGCAUUCUUGCUCAAAUCUGUACAAGCUUAAGGUGUCCCAUGGAUCCCAGUUGACUGAUCUGGUUUUUCAUGACAUUGCUGCAACUUCCCUUUCUUUGACUCAUGUUAGUUUGGGAUGGUGUAAUCUUCUAACCAACCAUGCGAUCAGGAGUUUGGUCUGCAACUUGGAUCUUAAAGUUCUUGAUUUGAGGGACUGCAAAAACCUUGGGGAUGAAGCCCUACGAGCUAUUGGCUCUCUCUGUAAAUUAAAGAUGUUACUGUUGGACGGCUCUGAUAUAACUGAUGUAGGAAUGGCAUACUUGCAACAUGGGAUUAUUGGCUCAUUGGUUUCAUUAUCUGUUAGAGGAUGCAAGAAACUUACAGAUAAAUGCAUCUCUGCGCUAUUUGAUGGCUCUUAUAAACUGCAGUUGCAGGAGCUGGACCUAUCUAAUCUUCCUAAUCUCUCUGAUAAUGGAGUUUUAACACUUGCAAAACAUCGGGUUCCAAUUGCUGAACUGCGAAUGAGACAAUGUCCACUCAUCGGUGACACUUCAGUCAUGGCACUAGCCUCAAUGCAGGUUGAUGAUGACAGAGGGCAUGGUAGUAGUUUGCAAUUGUUGGAUCUCUACAAUUGUGGUGGCAUCACGCAACUUUCAUUCCGGUGGUUGAAGAAGCCUUAUUUUCCAAGAUUGAGAUGGCUGGGUGUGACAGGGAGUGUAAAUAGAGAUAUUGUGGAUGCUUUAGCUAGGAAUAGACCAUUCUUGCAUGUUGCUUGCCGUGGUGAGGAAAUAGGGACUGAUCCGUGGAACGACUUAGACGGUUCAUACAUGCAUGACUAUGAGGAGUUGGACGAACUUGAACGGUGGCUUCAGGAAGGUGAGGAUGAGAGUGAUGAUGAAGAGAUGGAUGAUGCAGAUAUGCUGAUGGGGUAAUUUCUGAAUAUAUAUUUACUUUGUACUCCUGCAGCUACCUGCUGGUGGAUGUACUCUUAACCCAUUAGAGUCAUUUUCCUGUAAUCUAUUACUGUGGUUACUGACACUCCAUAUUGGGAGAAGCCAUACAUACGGAUUUUAUUGCCAAUGGAUCAGCAAACAUCGAACAAAAUCUUUGAGAUUUCUAUAAAGUUUUCACCGUCUUUAUAACACUGGAAAUGCUCUAUGUUUCCACACUUCCCACAGGCGCUGGCCCCCCAAAAAAUAUGAACAUGGUUAAAACUUAAAUUGAAACUUUAACAAUUACUUGCAGUCUACCAGAAAAUGAACAAGAUUUGAAGCAGGCGGUUCAUAAAACAAUGAAUCCGAUGAACUAGGUUAAAACAGGUGGCAAACUGAAAUGUCACCCUCGUGGCUCAAAUUAUAUCAUGUUCUUAUCAUUCAGGUUCACUCUCAACCUCAGAAGCCACCAUCAACGACUACAAAAAAAUCAACCUUGAUCUUCUAGCUAGUAUCUCAACAU